CACCCCUGGCCCGUUCGCCAGCCAGUGUUGGCAGUCGGGGUCCUCGCCUGGCUUGGCAAGUAGUCCGCCGGGGUCCCGCCUGGUGGGCGCCCGCGGGCACCUCGUGGGGGCGCCCCCUGCGCCAGACGAGUCCGCCACGGGUUUUGCCUGCUGGGCGCCCGUGGGCGCCCCCCCCGUGUGGCGUGGAAGGAGCCCGGGCGAACGGGGUCCGUAGCCUCGGGCCCGAGCCUCGGCCGAGGCCCUGGCUCGAGCCAUGCGCGCUCGAGGCCGUGGGGGCACCGCCGGCCGGGAGCGAAGUGGCGGCGCGAUGGCGGCUGCGGCCGGCGGUGCUGCUCCGGGCUCGGGGCAGCAGGGCGGCGGCCAGGAGCGAGACGAGGAGGUGCCGACUCUCUGCCUGCUGGGGGCGACGGGCGUGGGCAAGGGGUCGACCCUGAACUCCUGCUUCCGCUCGCAGGCGUACUCCGUGGGCCACGCGUUCUCCUCGGACACCGUCCGGCCCGCGUCGGCCACGCUGCCCUGGAGGGGCGAUGGGCCGCGGGUGCGGGGGGUGGACCUAUGCGGCUUCAGCGACUCCGAGGGCAGGGACACGGGCUUCAUAGAGUCGAUGGUGAAUUAUCUGAGGACCGACGUCGGCCAUGUCAAUUGUUUCCUCCUCCUCUUCAACGCUCAGGAGACGCGGAUCGGAGUCCACCUGAAGGAUAUGUUGCAGUCUUUGAAGUCGGUGUUCGGCGUUGCUCUCAUGAGGAACACACUGAUCGGGUUCACCAGGUGGGAUUACACAAAGAGGGCGAGCAAGGUUCAGAAGCGGCGCGGCGUUACCAAGGAGUCGCUGGCGGCCAACAUGAACGAGGCACUGCGGACGAUCGUCGGCCACGACCACGACUGCCCGUGCGUCUUCCUCGACAACACCCUGAGCAUGUGCACGGGCGAGGAGGAGAUGGAGGACCUCUUCGGCGACGAGCACUCGGCCGUGACCGCGGAGUUCGAGCGGGAGCUGGAGGCGAUCCGCCUCUUCGCGACCACGCGCGGCGCCUUCCGGUGCGGCAGCAUCGAGGGCGCCCUGGCGGAGCGCGACGUCGGGCGCGACAGGAUGGAGCGCGAGCGUGCGGCUCGCGCCGAGGGUGAGGCCGCGAUCGAGCGGCUCCGGGGCCGCUGGCAUGGGCUGGGGGCCGAGGGGCCGGAGGAGCUCGACGCGAGGCUGAGGGCGGAGGUCGAGGAGGAGCACGGGGCCCUCGCCCGGUUCCUGGCCUCGCGGACAAGCACGGACCUGGAGCACGUCCGGGCCGACGUGCUCGCGCGCUUCUCGGGGCGGCCAAGGAGGCGAGGGGCGCGGCGUGGAGGAACGGGGAGGUGGCGCGCCAGCACAACCGCGGGCUGCGGCUGGAGCUCGUCGAGGGCUUCCAGGCGUAUGCGACCGCGCGGGCGAGCGACGCAAGCGGCGGCAGGCAGGAGCGCUUCCGCGACAUCUGCGGGAAGGACCGCGAUUGUGUGCUUCGUUACCUCGCGGAGUGCCAAGGGGGCACGUUGGCCUGGCAGCCGUUUACCCUCCUGCAGGACCACCUGCGCUGGGAGAGCCUGGUUGUUAGGGGGAAUAUUUUCGCCGAGGUCGCGGACGGGGAGACGCUCCCCGAAGUGCGCGAGCAUUUGGGCAGCCCGAGCGCGCUGAUUGCGUUUUUGGGCGAUGGGCCAUCUCCAGAGUGGUUGCGAAAGCUUGCCAUUGCAAAGUCUUGAUGCCAGCACGAAUGCAAUUGGCCCACCCAUGUGCGUCGAGCCCUCCACAUAAAACAGG